CUUGCAACCGAACCGCGUUUGGCGGCUGCGACGGACGGACAGACGGACGGACGGCGGCGGCGAUCGAAGGACGGAGCGCGGCGGGAGGGAACAGAAACGCAGCUCUGCCGCCUCCCGCCGCCAGCGCCAUGGACGGCUCCGACAACGCAACCCUGCUCUUCGCCCUGUCUUCCCUGCAGCCGGACAACUACACGCUGUCGCCCAAUGCCAGCAGCCUGAGCCCCGGCCCGGACGUCCCCGGCGCUCCUGCCUCCAGCGCCGGCCCCAGCGCCGCGCUCAGCCUCGGGCCGGGUCCCGGCGCCAGUCUCAGCCCCGGCCCCACGCCGACCCCGAAGCCGACGGGCAGCAGCCUGGCGGGCGGCGCGGCGGGCCUGGGCGCUUCCCCGUUCCCCCGGCCCGUGGCCCCCCACGAGCCCCCGUUCUGGGACACGCCGCUGAACCACGGGCUGAACGUGUUGGUGGGCGCCGCCCUGUGCAUCACCAUGCUGGGGCUGGGCUGCACCGUGGACGUGAACCACUUCGGGGCGCACGUCCGCCGGCCCCUGGGCGCCGGGCUGGCCGCGCUCUGCCAGUUCGGCAUCCUGCCGCUGCUGGCCUUCCUGCUGGCCCUCGUCUUCUCGCUGAACGAGGUGGCCGCCGUGGCGGUGCUCCUGUGUGGCUGCUGUCCCGGCGGGAAUCUCUCCAACCUUAUGUCCCUGCUGGUUGACGGCGACAUGAACCUCAGCAUCAUCAUGACCAUCUCCUCCACGCUUCUGGCCCUGGUCUUGAUGCCCCUGUGCCUGUGGAUCUAUAGCCGGGCUUGGAUCAACACCCCACUGGUGCAGUUGUUGCCCCUGGGGGCAAUGACCCUGACGCUUUGCAGCACCCUCAUCCCCAUUGGGUUGGGUGUCUUCAUUCGAUACAAAUACAACCGGGUGGCUGACUACAUUGUGAAGGUUUCCCUGUGGUCUCUGCUAGUGACGCUGGUGGUCCUUUUCAUAAUGACUGGCACUAUGUUAGGACCUGAACUGCUGGCACGUAUUCCUGCAGCUGUUUAUGUGGUAGCAAUUUUUAUGCCUUUGGCUGGCUACGCCUCUGGCUACGGCUUAGCUACGCUCUUCCAUCUUCCACCCAAUUGUAAGAGGACGAUAUGCCUGGAAACAGGGAGCCAAAAUGUGCAGCUCUGUACCGCCAUUCUAAAGCUGGCCUUUCCACCACGAUUCAUAGGGAGUAUGUACAUGUUUCCCUUGCUUUAUGCGCUUUUCCAGUCGGCAGAAGCAGGGAUUUUUGUUUUAAUCUAUAAAAUGUAUGGAAGUGAAAUACUGCACAAGCAAGAUCCUCUAGAUGAAGAUGAAGAUACGGAUAUUUCUUACAAGAAACUAAAAGAAGAGGAAAUGGCAGACACUUCGUAUGGCACAGUGAAAACAGAUAAUUUAAUGAUGAUGGAAACCACUCAGACUUCACUGUAAACAUGGAGAUACACAGGAGCCUCUAUCUUGCUGAAGCAUUACUUCAUAUUUAUGGUCUGUGAUAGAGUAUAUGGUUUACAUAAAGGAUAACAAUUAGUUCACAUUAUCGUACAUGUAACAAUUUUGAUUUUCCCAUUGUAAGGUUGCAUGGUAUAUUAGCCAAACGUUUUCACAAAUUACAAAUCAAUGUCGUAAUAUAACUUGCACCUGGGACUGCU